AUGCGAAAGGAAUACCCCGAAGAAGUGGUCUUGUCUGAAGAUAAUAGCUUUCUCCAACCAGAGUCCGAGCUAAUACCACCGGCAACACGGAGGUGCCUCUCCCGUCUAGGUUCAAGCGAGAGAGGCGUUAUUGAGCGUAUCUACACCCGGAAGCAAGACCGACCAAUGCUUGACAUACUAGCUCAAGUGCUCCAGCAUCAGAGCCUGCAGCCCGGCUUUACGGCGGGCAAAAUCAAUAGGCUGCUCCGGAUGAAGUCUCCUGAUACAUUGAUCAUGGGGGCUGGAAACAUGGGAGAUUUAGAUCCCGAGUCGGUGGAAAUGCUGCAAGGACGGUCACCGGUGUGGUCCACUAAUGACCAUGUGUACAUCUCUCAGUUGCUCAGAUCUGGCUCCUUGAUGCCACGGGUGACAGACCAAGCAACACGUAAAGCAAUUGGGCGUCGAGUCUUAUCCAUCUCGAGGAUAAUGCCGUCGAUGUACACUUUUAUGGAAGAUACAAAGUACUUCUUGCCCUGUGCUCUGGCCUUACGCAGGCUGAUUCCGGAUGGCCCGAGAGACACGAUCCGGAAAUCUCUCUGGCAUCAGUUUCGCCCACGGCGACGGUCUCGGCAUACUGGUCAAUCAGGAUUUCUACAGGCAUAUCGGCGUCUUUGGUUGUAUACAGUACAGCAUUUCCCUAUCUUAAUCGGGGCAAUGCCAUUGCUCGACCACCGAGGUGCAGAGAGAAGGCUCUAUCGAUCGCAAGAGGAAUCGCAAAGAUGCUGGGCCACGUUUUCCCUUAUUCGCCCACCGCUAAGCACAACGUACAGCGCUUCCGUCUACGAGACCACUACAGCGCUAUCUAGCAGAAGGCAGUCACCGGAGCCAUUCACCGCACUGGUUGAGAUGACAAAAUAUGGAAAUCUAAAUCCGUAUUAUUCCCCAGAUUUAAGAGCAAAGUCUCUUUCAAGCGCCUGUUCCUUGGAUAUGUCAUUAGAAUAUGAGCAGCCACCAGCAGCGCCAGGACUACUUGGUGAAAAAACAAUUCACAAGCCACAGGACUACACGGCACCUUUAAAAUCACUAUCUGGUGAUAAGGGUAUUCUAUAUGAGAUUGGUAUUCCUGCUACUGUUUUCUAUCUGCCACUGGCGCGUGUGGAUCGCCUAUUUGCCCAGUAUUCUCAAAAUCAUGCGAAUCACCGGUAUGCGAUUAUUGCUCAGGAUCGAUUAUGUCCUAUCCACCCUGCAGCAGUGCCUUCUCAUUUAAGAUCUACCGUGGUGGUAACUGGGCCUAACCUGGCCUAG